UCCGGAAGCUGACUUGUCAGUGUUGUUUUGGAAGUUGACAGGCACGUGAGCCGCAGUCGUCAUCGGCGGAGUGAAUUGGCGACAUGGCGGCCGAUACUCUUCCCAAGGUUAUAUAUGAACACGAAGGAGUGUUCAUCCAUUCAAACAGCGAUGAUGAUGGCCUGGAGCAAGAUUUACUUCUUUCAGGGUCCCUUCGGAUAGUUGAUAAGGAUGGUGAAAUCAUUGUGGAGUAUAGACCUUUGGAAGACAGUGUUGACCCAUCAAACAUGCUGUGUGCUGGCAAGGACUCCAGUUCUGUCAUGGAGUGGGCCCAGUGUCCGGGCGAGAGGUCCCACCAGCUGCUGGAGACUCAGCAGAGCUAUGAGACAGAGUGGGAUAUGGUCAAUGCUGUCUCUUUCAAGAGGAAACCCUGUACAAACGGAGAGGGCACCCUGAACCACAGUCAUGAGAGGAGCAGGUGGGCGUUCAGCUUCAGCAUCAGUGACCUCAGGUCCAUCACCAUAAAGGAAGAAGGCUGGUCCUAUCUGGUCUUCAAGCUGAAAGAGUCCUCCACUUCUCUGCCAGCCCUCCACUUCCACCAGGGCGGCAGCACUGAGUUCCUGGACAGCCUCAGGAGAUACUCCCUACUCAGCGAGGCCCCCGAUGAUGACACUUGUUUUUUGGUCAGCACCCCCAACAGGGCUCUUUCCCAGUCCUUUGAGAACCUAUUAGAUGACAACAACUUUGGCCUUGUUCAUAAAUUAAAGAAGGACCCAUAUGUCACAACCCUGGGCAGCUUCUCUAAGGUCACCAAUUACAUAUUCGAUGCUAUCCGGGGGUCAGAGGAGCAACACCAGCGCCCCCCAGAGGAAGUGGCUGACCUACUGGGGGAGAUCAUCCCGGGACUCGAGAUCAACCAGCAGGAAGAACCUGGAUUUGAGGUCAUCACCAGGAUUGACCUGGGAACUAGGCCAGAGGUCCAGAGGAGGGGGCCACUGUCUGCGGAGGACUGGGCCAAGCAUCUGGAUCCAGAGGGAAGGAUGCUGAAUAUCGCUCAUCUCAAGCAAGUCAUCUUCAAAGGGGGACUCUGCCAUGCGGUGAGGAAAGAGGCAUGGAAGUUUCUGCUGGGAUAUUUCCCCUGGGACAGCACCCUGGAGGAGAGGAAGGCCUUACAGCGAGCUAAAACUGACGAAUACUUCAGGAUGAAGCUGCAGUGGAAGUCAGUGAGCGAGGAGCAGGAGAGGAGAAACUCCAGGUUAAGAGACUACAGGAGUCUGAUAGAGAAAGACGUGAACCGAACAGACAGAACUAACAGGUUCUACGAAGGCAUCGACAACCCUGGCCUGGUCCUGCUCCACGACAUCCUGAUGACGUACUGCAUGUACGACUUCGACUUGGGGUAUGUUCAGGGAAUGAGCGACCUCCUCUCCCCUAUCCUGUACGUGAUGGAGAAUGAGGUGGAUGCUUUCUGGUGUUUUGUCUCCUUCAUGGACCAAAUGCACCAGAAUUUCGAGGAGCAGAUGCAGGGCAUGAAGACUCAGCUGAUUCAGCUCAGUACUCUGCUCAGGCUGUUGGACUUAGCCUUCUGGAACUACCUCGAGUCCCAGGAUUCAGGUUACUUGUAUUUCUGUUUCCGCUGGUUGCUGAUCCGAUUCAAGAGGGAGCUCAGCUUCCAGGAUGUUCUACGACUCUGGGAGGUGAUGUGGACAGGCCUGCCCUGCCAGAACUUCCAUCUCCUGGUGUGCUGUGCCAUCCUCGACUCAGAGAAACAUAAAAUCAUGGAGGAGAACUACGGCUUUAAUGAAAUCCUCAAGCACAUAAAUGAACUUUCAAUGAAACUGGACAUUGAAGAAAUCCUUCACAAAGCAGAAGCCAUCUGUCUGCAGAUCAAGAGCUGUAAGGAUUUGCCUCAUUCAAUAAGUGACAUCCUGGGCUUCACCACAGACGCGGCCGAGCCGGGAUCGCAAGAGUCGCCGCGCCCCGCAAGACCAACACACCAACAGGAAGCCUUCUCCAAUGGUCACGGACACUUAAGAGAAACCUCUCACAACAGCUGCAAAGUUGCCUUCAUAUCAUAGUGAACAAUAAAUUGAACCAGAGACUGACUCUGUGUCCUCUGUAGGAUGACAUUGGCAGUGUAAUGCCACGUGAUCCUGCCCGCCCCAGAAGAGAGAUGAAUAGAAUGUAAAAAGGAUUUAAGAUUAUUCAAAAUCUUAUUUUUGUAAUUUCUUGUACCAUAUUGUCUUUCAUUGAAAUGGUCAUUCCUUCUCUCUUGCUAAUGUUUUCUAAGAACGGGCAAAAGGCGUUGUAUUGUAAUCAAUAAGAUGUGUUCCAUUUCCCUUCACUAUAUCUGAAUUGUGCAGAAUUAAUUAUCAUGUGAAGUGAUGGACACUGGAAAAACUCCCAAGCACCCAGGUUACACAUUUUGUCCAAUAUUGUUUUUAUAGUUGCUGACAACGUAUAUUGUCUUGAUAUUUUGUCACUAUAAGGCCCGCUCUAACUUAAAUGUGACGAACAUCAACCACUUGUCAGGCUGCUUGCCCAGUGUAUCAGAAAAGUUCAAUAUAAUAGCCUCUUUUAACAUAACCUCCACUCAGUAUUAAACAAUUAAUGUUAAAUUGAUCAUUCCAUGUGCAAUGGAAUAAAGUAUUAUGUUAAUGUG